AUGAAUUAUCCUCCCAAAUUCAUUUCUGGACCUUUGAGAAAUGCCACUUUUUUCUGUUUCCCGGUCCUGUUUAUGCUCAUUUUGGUUGAUUCUGUGUUGGGAUUUGGGACUAUGGACUCCAUUUCUGCGUCGUUUGGGGAUUAUGGGCUCUUUUGUGCCAUUGAUGCCAGUGGAAAGCAGGCCGUGAUUUGUUGGGACACCAAGAACAGAAACUCGACAGAUUCGAAUUCCUUGCGUUAUUCCUCCAACCUGCCUCCGAUGGCUGCACUCUCGGGUGGAGAUGGGUUUCUGUGCGGAAUUUUGGCGAACACUUCGCAGGCCUUUUGUUGGGAUCCGAAGGAUCCAUCGUCAAACUCUGAUCUGGUUCUUCCGGUACUUCAGUUUAAUGCUUAUUCUCAGAUUGCUGCUGGUAAGGAUCAUAUUUGUGCAGUUAGAGGAUCUUACUAUUCGAAAAAUUAUUUUGGUAGCGUUGAUUGUUGGGACAUUAUUAGAACAUCAAAUAACAGUUUAAUCUCAAAACAAAGUGCUCGGUUCUAUGAUCAGUACAUUAGUAGUCUUGUGUUUGAGAAAAUUGUUUCUGGUAAUGGAUUUAGCUGCGGAUUUAUGAGGGAUGGAGGAUUAAAGUGUUGGGGUCCGAAUUCUGGUACUCUAGGGGUUUCAGGUACGUCAGAUAACUAUGUGGCCCUAACUUCCGGAAUUGACUCUAUUUGUGGGGUUUCGGAGAUCUCUGGAGAGAUCAAAUGUUGGGGUCGGAAUGAUUCAUUUGUUAAUCUGCCCGUUGGGAUUAGACUCGUGUCAAUGGCAGCUGGUGCACAACAUUUUUGUGGGAUCAGAGAGGACAAUCAUGAGAUAGAGUGUUGGGGGAACUUCAAUGCAUCGCUGAUCCCAAAGGGAUCUGGUUUUCUCGCGAUUGCUUCAUCCGACUAUCUUACAUGCGGUAUUCGAGAAGGUGAUUUGGUACUUGAUUGCUGGUUUGCCAAUGUUUCAUCGCCAGUGGAUUAUGAUCCUCCAUUGCAGUUGUGUAGUCCAGGGUUGUGUACCCUUGGUACUUGUGGUGAAGGAAUGUUUUAUUUCAAUGCUAGCCUUCUAAAUGAGCCAGAAUUGACAAGCUUGUGUGCUAGGAAAGAUCUAAAGAUUUGUUUGCCAUGUGGGAGCAAUUGUUCUGAAGGAUUUUUCCCUUCUAGUUCAUGUACAGAGAAUGCAGACAGGAUUUGUACACCCUGUUCUCUCUGCCAGAACAGUUCUUGUUGGGAUAUUUGCAAACUUCACUCCUCAUACAAGGUGCAGCAGCAGCACUGGAAUCAGCUGCCUCAACUACUGAUAGUAGUGGCCUCUUGCAUGGCAGGUUGCUUGUUAAUUAUGUUUGGCUGGUGUCUUUUACCCCGUACUGUAGCCCCAGAAAGCGAAGAACGGAAGAAUAGAAAAUUUGCUUCCUGCAUUCGUAAGCCUGAGCAGGAAAUGGAUGCAAAUGCCGAUCAACAUCCUCCAGCAUCUGUGGCACCAUGUUCAGAGGUAGCUCAAGUUUUCCGGCUUUCAGAAUUAAAGGACGCAACUAAUGGGUUCAAGGAGUUUAAUGAGCUGGGAAAGGGAAGUUAUGGUUUUGUCUACAAAGCUGUCCUCCCAGAUGGAAGACAUGUGGCAGUGAAAAGGGCUAACGCCGCUACAAUAAUCCACACGAAUAGCCGUGAUUUUGAAAUGGAGUUGGAGGUCCUUUGCAAUGUUCGACAUAGCAAUAUUGUGAACUUGUUGGGUUACUGCGCAGAGAUGGGGGAGAGGCUAUUGGUUUACGAGUUCAUGCCCCAUGGGACACUUCAUGAUCACCUCCAUGGGGGCCUUUCUCCUCUGAAUUGGAGCCUCAGGCUUAAAAUUGCCGUGCAGUCAGCAAAGGGACUUGAGUACCUACAUAAGGAAGCUGUACCUCCUAUUGUGCAUCGAGAUGUUAAGAGUUCGAAAAUUCUUUUGGAUGCUGAUUGGGGAGCACGAAUUGCAGAUUUUGGGCUUCUGACUCCACAGGAGAGGGGUCUUAAUGCAGACAUGAGUACUGAUGUCUACAACUUUGGAAUUGUGCUGCUUGAGAUUCUUAGUGGAAGGAAAGCUUAUGAUGCGGACUGCACGCCCCCAAACGUAGUAGAAUGGGCAGUCCCUCUUAUUAGACAGGGUAAGGCAGCUGCCAUAAUUGAUCGAUAUGUGGCUCUGCCUCAAAAUGUUGAACCCCUUUUAAAACUUGCCGAUGUUGCAGAGCUCGCUUUGAAGGAAGAUCCCAAAGAACGGGCGACUAUAUCGGAAUUGGUUCUUUUGUUAGAUCAGUUAGUAAAGGAUGGAUUGAUACUGUAG